AUUUGGGAUUGCUUACAAAUUGGGAGCCCCAGUUGUAGGAACCACGUCGCAUAUCCUCAUGCCUUACCACCACAACAGAUUAAGGAUUCCGUACAAUCCUUCCUACGUGUCUUUCCAUUUCCUAGGAGGCACUAGACCAACAUUUUUUCAGACUAGAACGAUUCAUACUAGACUUCUAUUUCAAACAAGAUUACUAUUGGAUGUCUCAAAGAAAUAAUCAAAAUACGCUUGCUAAAUACUUCGAUGACAUUCCUCCUUUGGAAGAACUGGCGAGAGAAAUGAAAUUUCUUCUGUUAUAUCAAAAUUUUGUGAUGACGGGUUCAAAGAUACUUCCAGUCAAUGUUAUAGAGGUCGGGGGAUACCACGUGUCCAAAGCCAAGCCAUUAUAUGGAGAUACCCUAAUUUACCAAGAUAUGGCGUGUUGUUGUAAAUCCGAAAAAACUAACAAGAUCGCCGUGAGCUGCUUGGGGCGGUGCGACUUACCCAAGCACAGAUGUCUGGACAGGGAGGACAUAAGGCCGGGGCCAGUCCCGAAGAACAUGGGAUGGCUCUACACGGCUAGGGAUGCGCCUGAACAUCAGUUGCGCUGCGGCUGGCGGCCCGGCCACAUAUCAUGCUCUGUCCUCCGCCGGAUUGAACAACACAACUGCAUGAAAUGCGGCGAGUGCAACCCGUGUGCGUCCGUCUGCUCCAAGCCACCUUGCUUCAAAUCCUGCUGUAUGCCUCCAAAAUGUGUUACCGUUUGCCCUUCGACCACCUGCUGCAAAGGCCCUCCCUGUUGCCAGCCGCUUAUCAGAGUCAUAAGACAUAACGGGCAAUACAGUAUCGUGACGAAACCCUCAGAAAUAACCAACCACCCCUCCGGACCUUACCCCUUAAAAUACGUCCUCAAUACUGAUUUUGACGACAUCAAAUCCGAUGACAAAGCCAAGUUCAGCGUUGAAGCUAAGUUCAACGACUACCACUUUGAUUAUACGAGCUCCCAAUCCUCGUUUGUGUUAGACUUCUCGCCGCCCGAGCCGAAGUGCUAUAAACCGUGUCCGAAGAGAAGCAGUGUAUGCCUUACUUGUCAACAGGCUCCAGCCGCUCCUGCCCCUGCGUCCUCUGCAUCCCCCCCUGCUUCCCGUAAAAAUAGCAAAUAAAUUGAAUUGUUGACACGCUUACAAAGACUGUUGAGACCUGCAGUGAAUAUGGAUCACUUAUUUUACACAGUUUACUUCAAGUACGAGAAAUAUAGACUGAAGCAGAAGUACAUACAGAACAUUAUUCAGAAACAUUACAAAGAUUGAAUAUUUACUUUCAAUAAACUAAUACUUUUUCUA